GCUUAUGCUGAGGAUUUCUGUGCUGGUACAUCCCUGAAUGCUGUUCUUGUGAGAGAUACAACCGUAGUGUGAUUCCUGUCUUUCUGCAGUGAUUCCUGUCUUUCUGCAGUGAUUCAUCCCUUAGGCUCUCUUUUCAGACGCUAACAAUAUUGGGAUCCGAGAAUUCUUCCUGCUAUCAAGAGCACUAUAGACUUAUUGUGCUUACUCUCUGGGAAUUACAGUGAUAAAAGAAUACUGUUCUUACAUUUGGGAUUAUUGCAUUGGAAUUGGAAUUCCACCCUUGUUUACCAUUGGUAACUGUUUCCCUGUGUUUUGCUCUUGGGACACCUAUGCUGAGCUGCUGAUACUUAUUUCAUGUGUUUGGGAAUGAAGUCUCUGCAGCUGAUGUUACUUCUGGCCGCUAGUUUUCAGUGUUUUGAAGCCUGUUCCGACAGUCAAUACCUAAAGAGUAACAAAUGUUGCAACUUGUGUGGACCAGGAUAUUAUAUGUCUGUAGAGUGCACUGGCGGCAAUGAAACCAUCUGUUUACCCUGCAAAUCUGGAGAGUUCCAAAGUUCAUGGAACAGGGAGACCUCCUGUCAUCAACAUGAUUACUGUGACCAGAAUGCAGGCAAGAUGACAGUAAAGGAAGGAACUACAGAAAGUAAUGUAGCGUGCAGUUGUCAGACAGGCCGACACUGUUCCAGCCAGUCAUGUGAGACCUGUGUACUGAACUCUGUUUGUGGUCCAGGAUAUGGCGUUGUACAAACUGCGACCAUGCAUUCAGACACCAAAUGUGAACUGUGUGCGGAAGGGACAUUUUCUAACAUCUCAUCAGAUACAGAGCCUUGCAAAGCAUGGAGCCGAUGUUCCCAUACGCAGACAGAAGAUAUCCCGGGAUCUAGUACCAGUGAUGUAUCAUGUCUUUCAAUUUCUGUUCCAAGAUCAGAGGGUGUAAAUCCACUAUAUGCUUUCUUCCUGAUACCCUGUCUGCUGGUUUUAGGAGGUCUGCUCUGGAUGUUAUACAGGAGGGUUUUAAGGAAACAACCUUUUGUAAAGGAAACCAAUCAGAAAAUGUUGCUAGAGAAUCCAAAUCCAAAUCAUCAUCAAGUCCCUGAAGAGAAUAACGACCCUGUGAUACCAUUUUCUAUGCAGGGAUUGCCUGUGGCACAGGAACAGGGGAAGGACAGUCGUAUGUCACAGGAGGAAGUGUGAUGGGAACGCAUUGUAACAUGUAAUAGUUUCAACGCCGCAACAACUUGUAAAAAAACAGACGGAUAUGGUCACGUUUAGUAUCUUUUUUUUUUAUUAUUUGUUAAAUAAAAUGUCAACAUAUAGAGAAAAUGAGCACUCUAAAUUAAGAUUUAAGGAAAUAAAGGGAUUCUACAUUUUGAACUAAGAGCAGACAUUAAAAUAAAUUGUUGUUAAGACCCUCUACUCACCCUAUGGGGGCUUGCUAGGAUCUAUUGUAUGGCCUUUUUUGCCAUUUGCACCAUUCAUAGAAACCUAUCUGAAGCCAAUAUUUUAUUCCGCAGGCUCAUGCAAGUGUACGGUACCUAAUAAAGCUAAUUGGUGGACACCAAAACACCCCUCUUUGGGGAGGGGAAAUAGUAUUGAUAAAUGAAUUAAGCUGAAAAGAACAUUCUAGUGUAAAACACAUUGCCAGUUUCUUUCAGGGAAUUUCCCCCAUUCUGCUUCAGAUAUGGCUAGUGAUUGGAACACGUGCUCACCUAUUUAGAGAGGCUUACCACCUCUUCUCUGAAUUUUUUUUUAUCCUAAUUAACCAAAUAAUUCUUGAACUGCCGUGUCUCACUGCCGUAGGUACAAUCCAUGUGACGCGCUACCCCACACUGUCUGUCUUCUCACACUUCAAAGCACUUCAGGACAGGGCCCUCAUCCUACUGUAUUUGUUUUGUUUUUUUAUAUAUAUAUUUUUAACCAGGUAUCACUGUUAGGAUGUACCCUAUUCAUAUACCCAAUGCUACAGAAUUAAUUGGCAGUUUACAAAUAAAUGAUAAUAAUAUUG